AUGAGUGGCAGCCAUCACAAGAGUCCAAAAAGAUACAAUAACAUCCACAACAACAACAACAGCAGCAGCAGCAGUGGCAUCAAUAGCAACUCAUUAAGAGUGCCUUCGGCUACAACGCCAGCAACCGCAAAACUUCAACAGCAGCAGCAACAGCAACAAUACCUUCAAAAACCACGUGCCAGUUAUCCGGAAAUUAUGAAUCCACGCCUAUCCCUCAAUGGUACUUUACGCCAUUUGGUACCAUCGCCCGGUCCUUUGUACAGAGAGCACAGUUCACGUUCCAUACAACCUCUCACAGCCAAUGAGCAACAAAUGGCCGAGCUGGAUGGCAGUAGCUUUUAUGGUGGUGGUUGUGGUAGCGGCGGUGGCAGUGUAACACGUAAUGGUGGAGCGGGUGUAGAUGCCUAUAAUACGGAUGGUGGUGGCAGCUAUGGCAUCGGUGUUAAUUAUCACACCACAGAGCUAUCGAUAACGCCAACCAUGAACGGUGAUGAACAGUGCAUUGACUUGGGUAGUUUGCGGCGAUUCUCAAUCGAUCGUCAUAGUUUUUUGGAUUUAGGCUCCAAAUUUGGCAUGUCACAGCCGAAAUUUGGCCAAAGCGUUUCACAGCAAGGUUUCUUCACAUCACACGAUAGCCUCGCCACACCAUGUGCAUCAAGAGCUUCCAAUUUACAUGUGGCCAAUACAAGCACUGCCUCCGAUAUGGAUUUGUUACACAACAACAAACAACAGACCAGGCGAAAGUCACGCGGACGCCUGAAAGACAACGAUCAGCCGCUGUUGGGUGGCACCUGGAAUCGAUCAGUGGGUCGCGGUUCACAGGAUAACACACUGAUGGGUAGCCAUCAGUUUAGUGGGAAUUUUUGUAAUGGUACCGAUCGAUAUCCCCGCAAUCGUUCCGGCACAUCAUCAACGCCGACCCAACAGCAUCAUCAACAGCAGACAUCCUCCCAUCAUUUACAACACUCUGCCUCGAUGUCGUCACACACUACAACAACACAUCAGCAUCCGAAUCAGCAACAGCAACAGAACCAACAACACUCCUCGCAACAUCACAUGCAACGUUCCUCAAUGUCACAGCCACAACAACUGCCGCUGCACAAAAAGCAACCACAUCGCACACCAUCGCAACGCCUGCGUGCCGUUACGGCGGCCCGAAAAUUCCACUUCGUCUUCGAUCCGGCGGGGCGUCUCUGCUACUACUGGUCCAUGGUGGUCUCGCUGGCGUUCCUCUACAACUUCUGGGUGAUCAUAUAUCGAUUCGCCUUCCAGGAGAUCAAUCGCCGGACCAUCGUUGUGUGGUUCUGUCUCGACUACUUUUCAGAUCUGCUGUAUCUCAUCGAUAUUUUCUUUCACUUUCGCACCGGCUAUCUGGAGGACGGUGUCCUGCAGACUGAUGCCUCGAAGCUGAGGCAACACUACAUGAACUCGACGAUAUUCUACAUAGACUGCCUGUGUUUGCUGCCAUUGGAUUUUUUAUACUUAUCAAUAGGAUUUAAUUCAAUAUUACGCUCGUUUCGUUUAGUCAAGAUCUAUCGGUUCUGGGCAUUCAUGGAUCGCACCGAACGCCACACGAAUUACCCGAAUCUGUUUCGGUCGCUGGCGCUCAUACACUACCUGCUUGUGAUAUUCCAUUGGAACGGGUGUCUCUAUCACAUCAUCCACAAGAACAAUGGGUUCGGUUCGCGCAACUGGGUUUACCACGACUCCGAGUCGGCCGAUGUAGUUAAACAAUAUUUACAGAGUUAUUAUUGGUGUACGUUAGCUUUAACAACGAUCGGUGAUUUGCCGAAACCACGAUCGAAGGGUGAAUAUGUAUUUGUGAUAUUGCAGCUGCUAUUUGGAUUGAUGCUAUUUGCCACGGUGCUGGGGCAUGUGGCGAACAUUGUGACGUCGGUGAGUGCGGCACGCAAAGAAUUUCAGGCGAAAUUGGAUGGCGUGAAAACGUAUAUGCGUAUGCGACGUGUGCCCAAUCAUCUGCAGGUGAAGGUCAUCAAAUGGUUCGAUUACCUGUGGCUGACGCAAAAAUGUUCCGACGAGGAACGUGCCGUAUCAUGUCUUCCUGAUAAAUUAAAGGCUGAAAUAGCAAUUAACGUCCAUUUAGAUACCCUUAAAAGAGUGGAGAUUUUUCAAAAUACCGAAGCUGGUUUCCUGUGUGAAUUGGUAUUACGAUUGCGUCCGGUGCUCUUUUCACCCGGUGACUAUAUUUGUCGCAAAGGUGAGGUGGGCAAGGAGAUGUACAUCGUUAAUCGAGGACGCUUGCAGGUGGUGGCCGAUAAUGGUAAAACCGUAAUGGCUUCAUUAAAGGCAGGUUCCUAUUUUGGAGAGAUUAGCAUAUUAAAUAUGGGCACAGCAGGAAAUCGUCGCACAGCAUCCGUGCGUUCGGUAGGCUACAGCGAUCUCUUUGUUCUGAGCAAAAAAGAUAUGUGGGACGUGCUCAAAGAAUAUCCGGCGGCAAGGGUUCGCCUGGAGUCGAUAGCGGUUAAACGUUUGGAAAAAUACAAGAAAGCACCACUGGAAAAAGUACAAUACUUUAAUACAGUUGCCAUGGGCCGUUGUCAGUCCACACCGGGUCUAUUGGAGACAUGUGGUCGCACCACACUCGAGGAUAUGUAUUUACCACCAGCACCGCUAGUGCCAUUUUCUGGAAUGCAACAAAUGCGUCAAACGCAUCCCACGGAUCAAGUGCAACAACAGCAACAGCAACAACAGUCACAACAACAUCAUCGAGCUCCUAGCCCUCGUUCCAGUCAAACAUACAGUGAACGCAUACAGCGUGCCACUGAAUCGCCGGGCUCUAUGAGUCCUAGUGUACAUAGUUCAGAUGAUAGACCCCGUAGCAGAGCCACAUCACAUCAUUCAACCAGACCGCAGUCGCAACCAAGUCGAACAGGUCACAUUUGCGAUUCCAGUUCCCACUUGGAUUGCUAUGGCACCGGCACAUCGGCGGCGAGUGGUGUUGGUGGCGGCACCACACCACUAUUGGGAUCCCAUGAAGCCCUCGAAGAUGAAAUUAAACGGCUGCGUGAACGUUUACACACAGUCGAAUCGGAAAAUCAAGCUUUAAAUACGAAAUUGUCGCAGCAACAAUGGGAUCUGGAGAAUCGUUUGGCCGAAAUCGAAAUGCAAAUAUGUGGCGUAUCGUCAACAUCGAGCUUAGAUCCGGAACAUGAGACCGAAGAGUUGGAGAGAAAUCGUGAGAGUAUCAUAUAACACGGGAGCGAGCUGCCCCAUCAGCCGAUCGGUAUGACGAUGAUGUACAUAUCAUGUUAUUCAUGACAACCACCAUUAUCACAACAACAAAAACAAGAAUUACAACAAGAACUUACCUUCAUUAUUAUCACUCUCAAAUGUUCGUAUCAUCACAGAUCAUCAUCAGCAUCAUUAUCAG